GAGCUGCUACCAGACCGUGUGACCUGCCUAUCUCAGGCUUCAGCAGCAGCAGCUCAGGAAAUAGCUAAGGGAGGAGGAGAAGCUAUUUGUUUCUGGCAAAGUUAACCCCAUCUGACACCACUUUUGGACUGCCCGGGGCAGCUAAAUGUUUGGCGACACCAUGACCGAAGCCGGAUAUAAUGUGAUACUGACCACUGCGCUGACUGGCGUCCUGCUGAUGGCAGUCGUGGUGCUGCUCUGCUAUUUCACCUGCAGACUGGCAGCCUCCAUUCCUCUGGGCGGACCUGGCCGCUUCUGAGAUGUUCGGCCUCAGCUUUCAUGAUGCGUGUGAGAAAUGCUGUGACCCUGCCACCGGAAGCCUCCCUCAGCGUCUCACAGUGGCAUGUUACCUCAGGCAAUGCGUCAGCCGCACACGGACAGCAGCAGCAUGAGGACGGCGGCCCUGCUUGUCAUUUGCUCCGGUCUGAUCUCGGGGAGCUUGGGGAAGCUGCCGUUCCCGGAAAAAGAGAAAGAUCCCAGGUUCUGGAACAAUUGGGCACAGCAGACCCUGGAGAACGCUCUGAAGAUUCAAGACCUCAACAAAAACAUAGCAAAGAACCUUAUCCUCUUCCUUGGAGACGGCAUGGGCGUUCCCACGGUGACGGCUGCUCGCAUACUGAGGGGUCAGUUGCAAGGAGACAGCGGGGAAGAGACGCAGCUGGAGAUGGACAAGUUCCCCUUUGUAUCAUUGGCCAAGACGUACAACACUAACGCUCAGGUGCCAGACAGCGCGGGCACGGCCACGGCUUACCUCUGCGGGGUUAAGGCCAACGAGGGCACGGUGGGCGUGAGUGCAGCCGCUGUCCGCUCCCAGUGUAACACCACAAAGGGCAACGAGGUCACCUCCAUCCUCAAGUGGGCUAAGGAUGCAGGGAAGUCUGUGGGAAUAGUGACUACGACUCGUGUCAACCAUGCGACUCCCAGUGCUUCUUACGCUCAUUGUGUGGACAGAGACUGGUACUCCGACAACGAGAUGCCAACUGAAGCGUUGCAGGCCGGCUGCAAGGACAUCGCCAGACAACUCAUGGAAAACAUUCCCGACAUUGAUGUGAUUAUGGGUGGAGGAAGGAAGUACAUGAUCCCCAAAAACCACUCAGACGUAGAAUAUCCUAAUAUAUCAAAGCACAGCGGCACACGGAAGGACGGAAGAAACUUGAUAGAGGAAUGGACUGACAGAAUGAAGGCUAAAAAUGGCUACUAUGUAUGGAACAAGAACCAGCUCUUGUCCCUGAACCCUAACAACGUGGAUUAUUUACUCGGUCUCUUUGAACCCGGUGAUAUGACAUACAACUUGGAGAGGAACAGUGAGACUGACCCUUCACUGACAGAGAUGGUGGAAGUGGCCAUCAAGAUCCUCAAGAGGAACCCCAAUGGAUUUUACCUCCUUGUUGAGGGAGGACGAAUUGACCACGGACACCAUGAGGGCAAGGCCAAGCAAGCUCUGCAUGAAGCUGUGGAGAUGGACCGGGCCAUCGGUAGAGCAGAUCUCAUGACCAGCGUCCAUGAUACACUGACCAUCGUGACUGCUGACCACUCUCACAUGUUCAACUUCGGAGGCUACACACCCAGAGGAAACACAAUUUUUGGUCUGGCUCCCAUGUUGAGUGAUAUUGAUCAGAAGCCAUUCACCUCCAUUUUAUAUGGAAAUGGACCAGGUUACAAAAUUGUCAACGGUGCAAGAGAGAAUGUCUCCACUAUCAAUUACCAGGAAAACAACUAUCUGGCCCAGUCAGCUGUACCUCUGAAGGCGGAGACUCAUGGAGGAGAGGAUGUGGCUGUGUUCGCCAAAGGUCCCCUGGCUCAUUUGCUACACGGGGUCCAUGAGCAGAACUACAUUCCCCACGUAAUGGCCUACGCAGCCUGUAUCGGCCAGAACAAGAACCACUGUAGGGCACGCAGCGGGGCAUCCAGCGUACACCCAGUCCUUUCAAGCAUGGCAGCCCUUCUCACGCUUACCCGACUUCUCUGCUGACCUUUCCCACACACUUCAUCAUGUUUUUACCAGUUCUACAUUUAGCUGUUUCAUACAUUGUUGUUGUUUUUUUAAUUGUCUAAUUCUCUCUUUUGAUAAUAGGACCGCUGGAAGACACUUUCUAUUGUCAUGAUAAUUAAAUGAUGAAAUCUGUUUCGUCAACCAAGUAUGUAAAAACAUCACAAAAUAAUUAAUCACCCCUGAUGCACUGGUUUAGAAAACAAAUGGUGUUAGAGAAAUCACUGUAAAACUGAUAUCUUAAUUGUGAUUUGUCUGUUGCUAAAUGUAAAUCCUUAGGGUUUAAAUAGAAUGAAUUUGGAAACGUUUGAAUUUUAAAUGUGCAGUUUAACAGAAUCUACCUCACAAGCUUUCAAAAAUCAACCAUAUAAUGAUGGUGUGUUUCUAAGGUCAUAUUCAGUACGAUCAACAAAACUGUAAAAUGUAUCCAGAACUCUUUUCCUACAUAUUGUGUACACUUGAAGAAAGUAGUUGCAGAACACACACCUUCCACAGCUUUGUCCAAUAACAAGUUGUAACAUCUCUUAACCAAUAAAUGAAAUGUUUUCAGA